AUGAGAUCUUCGCUCCCUCCCACCUGCCUCCUGCUCCUCCUCCUCCUCGCCAUCGCCCUAACCACCCCUCUCCACACCACCACCGCCGCCGCCGCUGCCGACAAAGGCGAGUGCUGGCGCGAGAAGCGGGACCUGGAGGAGUGCAGAGCGGUGGAGAAGGUUGCGGCGGAGCGGAAGGAGGCAAUGGAGAUCAAGGCGAAUGCAACGGAGGAGGCGGCGCACAAGCGAAGGGACACGAUGUUUGAGUGCAAGGAGAAGGUCGACCAGGACAAGGAGGCGUGGCAGAAAGAGAAGAACGAAAUCACUGCACGGAUUGGCACUCUAGACAAGAAGGUCAAGGACCUGGAGGAACAGGUGAAGGCCAUGGAGAAAGAGCUAUAG